CGAAGACGACGCAUUACGUUGAGAAACAAAGCCACACAAAAUAGUCUGUAGAUUUGGAGAAGACCCUUUUUCCCAGAUCGAAAAUUCAUCUACAAUCCCACUAGCCUGAGGGUCUUUUCAAUAUCAAGAUGGCCGAUGGGAGUGCGCAAUCUAAGUACGUGAAGCUGACCAGGGAACAAGAGGCGCCAGCAGAGGAUAUUAACCCUGGAGAGCUCAACCAGCCCAUUGAAAUUCCUCAGUUAAUUGUUGAGAGGUGUCUGGAAUGUGGGCAACCUCUGCCUGAAAGAUACCAGCCCCCAGCUGAUGAAGAUUGGACAACUGGGAUAUGUGGCUGCACUCAAGAUCCUGAAAGUUGCUGGACAGGACUUUUUUGCCCAUGUGUGUUGUUUGGGCGUAACGUUGAAACAAUACGAGAAGAAAUUCCAUGGAAUAAUGCCUGUGUUUGCCAUGCCUUGUGUGUUGAAGGGGGUAUUGCAGUUGCAGCUGCAACAGCAUUCUUUCAUGGUGUUGAUCCUAAGACGUCAGUUCUCAUCUGUGAGACAUUGCUUUUUGCCUGGUGGAUGUGUGCAAUCUACACCGGUCUGUUUAGGCAGUCAUUGCAAAAGAAAUAUCAUCUCAAGGAUUCACCAUGUGAUCCAUGCAUGGUGCACUGCUGCCUGCACUGGUGUGCUUUGUGUCAAGAGCACAGGGAGAUGAAGGGUCACUUGUCUGAUUCUUCAAGCAUGGCAAUGACUGUUGUUAACCCGCCUCCAGUUCAAGAGAUGAACUCUGGUGAGAAGAAGGACGACACUGCUGCAGAGUCUUCCAGUGAAGAAAACACCAGUAAGGAGCUGGCGCUGCAGCCUGUGUAG